AUGACGGUCAUCAAGAUUGAGGCCGUCACGGACCUGAUAUGCCCAUGGUGCUACAUAGGCAAGAGGAACCUUGACCACGCCAUCUCACAAUAUCGCGCCUUGGUGCCCUCGGCCGAGUUCGAGGUCAUCUGGAAGCCUUUCUACCUGAAUCCUGAUUUGAAGAACUCUGGCUACGACAAGAUCACAAUCUACAGAGCCCGCCUCGCCGUGACCGCCGCCGACCCUGCCGAGGCCUUCGCCCGCGUCACGUCCGCCAGCGCCCGCGCCGGCAUCGCCCUCACCCUCGCCGGCACCACCGGCAACUCGCGCCAGGCCCACAAGCUCCUCGCUCUCACCCUCACGCGCCGCGGCGCGGACGCCCAGAAUCGUCUGCUCGAGGCCCUCUUCCGGGGCCACUUCGAGGAGGGCGCCGACCUCUCGGACAGGCGGUACCUGCUCGCCGCUGUGACGUCCGCUGCCGUGGGGCUCGACCCGGACGAGGCCGAGGCCGCCCUGGAAGACGACCGCUUCGGCGAGGCUGUCGACGAGGCCGUGGUGGAGGCAAGGAGGGCCGGCAUCACCGGGGUGCCGACAUUCACGGUCCAGGGGCGGUGGAGGGUGGGCGGGAGCCAGGAGCCGGACGUCUUUCUGAGGGUGUUUGAGCGUAUCGAGGAGGAGUAG